AUGCGUGAAAUGUUUCAAGCAAAUGUGUCUUUUCCGAACCAUGCUAACAAUAACCACGAGGGAGGCAGCCAACAACCAGCAUACAAGCACUUUAUGAGUUUCAAACCAAGCGACUUUAAGGGAAGUACUGAUCCCAUGGUGGCUGAAGAGUGGAUACAUUCAAUAGAGACAAUAUUCGAGUUCAUGCAAUGCAACAACUCGGAUAGGCUAAGGUGUGCCACAUUCAUGUUCAAAGACGACGCUAGAAUCUGGUGGCAAGGAGCCAUGUCCACCCUCGAUCUUGAUACAGCAACCUGGACAGAAUUCAAGGCUGUGUUUUAUGGCAAGUACUUCACCUUGAGCACCAGAAACAAGUUGGCCAGGGUCCUGGAAAUCCGCCAAGGUGAUCUAAGUGUUGCUGAGUACGUCAAGAAGUUUGAGCGGGGUAAGUAUUUUACACCAAUGAUAACGGGAAACAAUGACAUCGAGCUGAACCAUUUUUUAGAGGGUCUCAAUGCAACCAUCGACCGAGAUGUGAGGUGUAUUUAA